CCCAGCAGCUACAAAACACCCUCCUUUCCUUCCUUGUAUAUGCCAGGUUCUAGAGGGUUUAAAUUUGCCUUCCUCUACCACCUUGCUGACUUUUGGCGAUUCACUUUUUUUUGGUCGUUGAUCUUCAACAAUUUUGUUUAUUUUUUGGUUGCAGUCUUCGCCAUUCUCAAUCUUUCUAACAAAAACUCUGCUAUCAAUUCUCAAGGCUCUUUUAGUAGUGGUUCUUUUCGGAAGAUGAAAAGAAACCUCUUUGCGAUUAAUAAAUUAUUGAUAGUUUUGCUAUAUUUGUUCAUUGCAUCCAUUCAGGCGUUCGUUGCUAGCUCCAUAAUAUCUUUAAUUAUAGGAACUAUUUAUCAGUCCAUUUUACUCAAAAUUUCAACUUGGAUUCCUGUGACAUGGAGUAUGAUUCAGAUUUUGUUUGUAAUUAUAACAUCUUUACCCAUUACUUCUACAAUUUUAUAG